GGCCCAUCCUGCUGCGCGGCGCGUGACCCGCGCGCGGGGGGUGUUGCUGGGCCGGGGCGAUGGCGGAGGAGGCGGCCGGGCCCGACGCGCUGGGCGUGCGCGAGGUGCAGCAGCUGGUCCGCAGGAAGGAUGAGCUCGAGGCCCAGAUCAAAGCCUGCUACGCGGUGCUGGAGGGGCAAAAGGGAGUCGGGAUGAACGAGCCGCUGGUCGAUGCUGAAGGGUAUCCACGUGCAGAUGUUGACGUAUACCAAGUCCGUGCAGCCAGGCAUAACAUCAUCUGUUUGCAGAACGAUCACAAGGCCCUGAUGCUGCAAGUGGAGAAAGCUCUCCACCAGCUGCAUGCCCGAGAGAAGGAGAAGCAGGCAAAGGAUGAGGCAGAAGCUCAGGCUGAGGCAAUGAAUCAGAACCAGAGUCUGCCGCAGCCCUUCGCAAGAGUGAAUGCUGUCACCCCAGGUUCUCCCGCUAGCAUCUCGGGAUUACAGGUUGAUGAUGAGAUCAUUGAGUUUGGCUCUGUCGACACACACAACUUCCAGACACUGCAGAAUAUUGCCACCGUGGUGCAGCACAGCGAAGGGAAACCACUGAGUGUGACCGUGAUCCGUGGCGGCAAGAAAUUACACCUCGGGCUCACACCAAAGCACUGGGCAGGGAAAGGACUGCUGGGAUGCAAUAUUCUCCCCUUGCAAAGAUAACUGGCUUGGAAGACAAUAAGAUCAAAGUUUGUACUUUUUGAACUCCAACCUGGUUUGAAAAGUUCCCUUUGCAACCUACAUCUACUUGCUGAGGUUGGAGUGUUUAUAAUGGGUUCCGAGGCUCUGACCUCCAGCCUGACGGAUAUACUGCACCUGAAUUGUUUUCAACAGACCUGUGCGUGGUCAUGAUUAGUAAUUGUACUGAUUCAUAGGGAAUAGAUUGUAGAGUCAUAGGACCUGUUUCUGACUUCACUUGUACUGAUGUAAAUCAGGUGUGAGGUCCAUGCUUUUUGUUUAGUUAGAAUCCACGCCAGAUUAUUCUGUAACAUUUAGUGAAUGUUUUUUUCUGUUUGUUCAUGGAAAGUAACAUUUACCAAUAAAGAGUUAAGCUGGGUUUUUUUGUUUUUGGUGAUAAUUUACAUUCAUUUUUAAUCUGAAGUCUUCCUGAACAGGUCAGCACGUUGUACAAAUGUUCUAAGUAUUGCUCCAAUUUCUGGAUUGCAUUUUAUAUUAUCAGUGAAAUACAAGUGCACACUCAAGAAAUGUACAAAUAUGAUUUUGAACAUUGUGUUACAAAAACAUUUGUGGUCACUACAUCUGAAAGUUUUUUUGUUUUUUUUUAAAUUGUUUGAUUUUUGUUGUCUUAAAUUGGUGAGAUUGAAGGGGUGCUAUGAUGCUUUUUAUAUUUCUCAUAGCUUGGACUAUAAUAUAGUUGUAAUUUGGUUUAUAUUGAGUUUCUUGUUAAUUUUAUUUUCUGUGCUGUAGUUUUUGGGUAGCAUACACUGCAAGGGAACUUUUAUUCGCUUGGUUUGUUUUUAAACCAGUUUCUAUUGGAAUUCUUAAAAAAAAAAAAAAAAAAAACAUGCAUACUUGA